AUAAUUUGCUCGUCUUGGCCAAUCGCUUUACCCGUCAAGCCGUCAUCUGAGCACAAAAUUCACCACAUGUGGGACUCGGCGCCUAAUAGUCUGUUCUGGUGGCUUGAGCCAUACGACCACUCGGGGACGACCUGCUGCUUUGGAAGAGAGGGUGCUAUCGUCGUCGUUCACCAUGAGAUAGAUACGGCAAUCAUCAUCGUAUCCGUCGUACCUUGUAGACGUGAAAGACAGGCCGGAUAA